AUGAUUUUUGUGAGUCCUAUAAUUUCUGGUUCAGUUAGAACAACUUCCGUGUCUUAUCAAAAGUAUAAAAGAACAUCUAAUCACGAUCAUUCGAUAAACAUGAAUCAUUUUAUCUUUUUCUCAAUAUUCAUUUAUUUUUCGGCUACUUGUUUUUGUUUCGAACAGAAAAUCGAUAGUGUUAUUGUGAGUUGAUUAUCUCCGAAAAUAUUUAGUUAACCCACUUCACAGAUUGGUUCGAACUUUCGAAUCGAAGUUCGAGAAAACUCGACUGGAAUUCGAAGAAAAGUAUACUCAACCAACACUUUUCAAACAUACAAUUUCAAAACAAAAAAAUGGAGCGAUGAAAAUGGAAAAGAAAUUGCGAAUGGAGUGAGAGUUGUUAGAGUUUCGGAAAAUAUUGCUAGACUAGAUAAUUUGCAAAAACAAGAUGCUGGAGAAUAUAAUAGAGAUCCACCAAAUGAAAAUGAAGAUAAAGCUUAUGACGAAACCCAAUUUCUGUUUGUCAUUGAUGGACCACCAAAAGCUCUUUUGAAAUAA